AUGACCCAAGAACAACCCAUCUCGAUUCUCACAGCGCUACAUGGCCAGUCGAUCAUAUUACCUGACCUGAAUGCAAUACUUGACGGCUGGCCAAGAGAAGUCAAUCAGAACCUUGACCGGCUCCGUCACGAUGUGGACGAAUGGCUAGGCAGUGCUAUGAGUCACAGCCCGAAGCUAGAAACCCUCAAAGCAGCCGACUUUGGGUAUUUUGGCGCUACCUGGUGGCCGCGUGCUACGUAUGAGCGGUUGAGAAUUGUCACCUUCCUAGCCGCUUGGUUGUUCGUUUGGGACGACGUGGUUGUGUUUCCAGAGAUCGACAUGGACAAUGGCUCCCUGUGGGACAAUUUUGAGCUCUCCAAUCCAUACCGGAACGAAACUCGCGAAUACGUACAGUAUUGCCUGAGCCUUACGAGCGAACCGGAUAUCGGACCUGUCAAGACAGUAAAUGCGACCAUUCAAGCUUUUGAGACGAUAGGCACGGCAAUACGCAAGGUGUACAAUUUCGAACAACGAAAGAGAUUCAUGAAUUAUAUGGAAGACUUUUUGGAAAUGUCUCAGCAAGAACAGAUGCUACGGCUACGAGGAACAUUGCCAUCACUCGAGGAGUUCUGGUUGUAUCGCCCUGGAAGCAGUGCUGUGCACGUCACCAUCGCGUUGAAUGAGUUCGCUUGGGACAAUAAGAGUCUACCGACAUCGGUGAUGGAAGACGGUGAUAUGAAGCUCCUGUGGGACUACACGAACGUUAUUAUUUCAACCGUCAAUGACAUAGUCUCCCUCAAGAAAGAGAUAGCUCGUGGGAGCAUAAGCAGUAUGAUCCCACUCCUGUACGCCCGAUCGAGGGAUGCACAAGUGGCGGUCGAUCAGACGGCAGAGUUUCUAGUCGUGAAUGUAAAGGCAUUUGAGGAGACGGCACAGCGACUGCUGAAACAAGAGAAGCGACACAAUGUUGAGGAGGCCCGCGAACUGCGUGCUUUUAUAAAGGGAUGCCAGUUCUAUUGCUCUGGGAACCUUACCUGGAGGUAA